AUGCGGUCGCUUCUCAAGGCGCCGCUUUUGCUCCUGGCCUCCAUGGUCACGAUGCUUUCUCCGGUUGCGGGCGAGGACAUGCUCGUGUCCAAUUCUCUCAACAAUUGCCAGGACGACUCUAGUUUUACUGCCAGCCUUUUCAACGUUGUUUACACCCCAAACAAUAACUCUGCGACCGUUGAGGUGGUCGCCACAUCAUCCGUUCAGGGCUAUGUUCUUUUCGACCUCGCUAUUUCCGCCUAUGGUUACACUUUUUUGAGAAAGACUGUUGAUCCUUGUGAGAUGAAGCUUGGUGGUCUGUGUCCCAUGGUUGCCGGAAAGAUUCCCUUCGCCUUCAACUUGCCCGUCCCAGCCGAUGCUGCCAAGCAGAUUCCCGGCAUCGCUUACAGCAUUCCCGACUUGGAUGCCACCGUUCGUGUCCAGAUCAACUUGACCAAGACCGACAACCCUCGCAGCAUCGCCUGUGUCGAGGCUGACAUUUCAAACGGAAAGACGGUUGACUUGUUGGGAGUCAAGUGGGCCACCGCUAUUAUCGCUGGUUUGGCCUUGGUUUCCUCUGCCAUUGUCAAUGGCCUCGGACACUCCAACACCGCCGCUCACGUUGCAGCCAACUCGCUCUCGCUUUUCGGCUAUUUCCAAGGACAGGCUAUCCUUGGUCUCACCGGUGUUCACUUACCACCUAUUGUUCAGUCUUGGACCCAGGAUUUCCAAUGGUCGAUGGGUAUCAUUAGGCUCGGGUUCAUGCAAACCAUUUUCACUUGGUAUCAGCGGGCUACUGGUGGCACCCCGUCCACUAUUUUCGAUACUCUUACCACUGUCUCUGUUCAGGUUGAAAAGCGUGGCCUGGACUUCACGGACCACGGCCUCAGUCUUUUCAGGCGUGGUGCCGCUAUGAUGCCCAGGCCCAUUGUCGCCGCCGCCAGCAACCUCGUGAAGCGAGGCAACAUCAUGACCUCCUCCGGUGCUUAUAUCGUUUAUGGAAUUCAGCGUGUAGCUUUUCGCUCCAAGAUCGAAACCACCAACUUAUUCAUGACCGGCUUGACCUUCUUCUGCAUCUUCGUCGUCUUCACCAUUCUAGCUGUUGCCAGCUUCAAGGGAAUUUGCGAGCUCGCUGUGAAGCAAAAGUGGAUAGACAGUGAUACUUUCCUUGAGUUCCGAAAUGGCUGGUUCACCGUCUUGAAGGGCAUCCUCUUCCGUGUGGCUCUUAUCGGAUUUCCUCAGAUGGCUAUCCUUUGCCUUUGGGAGUUUACUCAAGUCGACUCGGCGGCCGAGGUUGUGCUUGCUGUUUUCUUCUUCUUCGGCCUGACCGCUACGCUGGCCUGGGGCGCAAGCAAGGUUAUCCGCAUCGCUCGCCGUUCCGUGGCUAUGCACCGCAAUCCUGCCUACAUUUUGUUCUCUGACCCUCAGACUCUCAACAAGUGGGGAUUCCUCUACAUCCAAUUCCGCGCCUCUGCAUACUACUUUAUUGUUCCAGUUCUGGUGUACACCCUAGUCAAGGCUAUGUUCGUCGCCUUUGCUCAGAAGAGCGGAGUAGCCCAAGCCGUUGGCUUCGUCAUUAUCGAGGCUGCUGCUCUUAUCGCGGCAUCAGUUCUUCGACCUUGGAUGGAUAAGCCCACUAAUUCGUUCAAUAUCGCCAUCUGCGUCGUCAACUUCCUCAACGCUAUUUUCCUGUUGAUCUUCUCCAAUGUAUUUGGAGCCCCUCAACUGGUAGUCGGAGUCGUCGGAGUCGUUCUCUUUGUCCUAAACGCAGUUUUCGCGCUCAUCUUGCUCCUGAUGGUUAUCAUCUCUACUACGGUCUCCUUGAUCCGCAAGAACCCUGAUGCCCGCUACCAGUACAUGGCCGACGACCGAGCUUCGUUUAUGAAGUCUCAAACGCACCUGACCACCACCACUGAGCUGGAUGCUCUUGCCGCUACUGCCCGAGGUGACAAGGCUGGGGGAUACAAGGCUCACAUGGAUUUGGAGGAUGACAACGAGUCUUUCUCGUCCGAGGACCUUCGUCGCCGGGCUGCUGGCCAGAACCCUUCUGCUGCGGCUUCUCAACACUCUUUCCAGGGACAGCAAGGGCCUAGGUCGCCUGUCAAUCCGUCCAUGCCACUUUUCCCGGCAGGCCCGCGACCUGAGAGCCCCUUCCGCUCGGGGUCACCAAGCCCAUACAACCGCAGUGGAUCUGCCGCGGCGCAGCGAUCCAACCAUAGUUCAAGCCCGGCUCCGGGAUACCGAUCACAAAACACGUCUAGGUAA